AGCGCGUCUAGACGCGACAUCCACCAAAGGCCCCUUGGUGAAUUCAACUCCUAGUCAGGUAAUUCCGCAAAGCCGGUCGCCUUCCCCGGAUUCUUACACGUUAUACAUCGCUCUCGGUUUUCGUAUUUCAUUUGUUCCGACCAUGGCACCGCCAGCCAAGAAAAUUGAGCAGGCGCUGCUUGAUGGGACCUACGAAGUGUAUAGCGAGGCUCCCGAUGACACAACGGUGAACAAAGUCCGAAAGCAUGUCGAGGAGAAACUCAGCCUGAAAGAUGGCUUCUUCACCACCGGCAAUUGGAAGGCAAAGAGCAAGACUCUCAUCAAGGAUCGCGUUGACCAAUUAGUAGACGGAUGGGUCCCGGAAACCAAGGAGGAGUCUGAUUCUAACGCAGGCACUAAGCGUCGCUCCUCUGCAUCUACAGCUUCCAAACCCAAACGCCAGAAACGUGCUCCGAAGCCGAAGAAGCUGGCCAAGAAGGUGGAAUCAGACCUGAGUGAACUCAGUGAGCUAAGCGAGCUCAGUGACGAGGAGAAGCCUCAGCCUAAAAAGAAGGCCACGGCAACUAGCAAGGCGAAGAAGGUGGACUCUGAUGAAGAGGAUGACAUGGCCAAGUCCGAAGAUCCAGCUCCGGAUGCUAAGCCCGAGCCUGAUGUCGAGGAUGUUGAAGAAGAGGACAAGACCCAAGGGGGGGCGGAUGACGAAAGUAAACCGGCUCCUGCCGAAGAGAAAAAGACUCCUGUGGUCAGGAUGAUGCCAAAUAUCACACUCGGCGAAGAAAUCAAGGAUGAGGAGACGGGCACAACGAAUGACGUUGAUCCCAUGCCAGUUGAUGAGGAAGACGAAUACUCCGAUGUCAUCGACGAGCCGGUUAAGCCCAAGCGCAAGAAGAAGGAGAAGAAGGAGAAGAAAGAGAAGAAGGAAGCCUCCAGCAAGCCGGUCAAACCAUCCAAAGCUGCCAGCAAAAAGACAUCAGAGCCCGACGACCCGCAGGAAGCUGAGAUCAAGAAGCUCCAAUCCCAUCUCAUAAAGUGUGGCAUCCGGAAACUCUGGCACAUCGAACUGAAGGAACACGGAGGCGAUUCACGCGCCAAGAUCCGUCAUCUGAAGAAGAUGCUCUCAGAUAUCGGCAUGGAUGGGCGCUUCUCGGAGGCCAAGGCGCGCGAGAUAAAAGAAACUAGGGAGUUGAUGGCGGAGGCAGAGGCUGCUCAGGAAAUGAACCGCUUGUGGGGCAUGGGGGGCCGUAGCCGGGCGAGCCGAAGCAAGAAAGCCGAGCAGGAGGAUGGGAGUGAGGCGAGUGGUGGUGAGGGCGAGGUUGGCGGAGAGGGCGAGAAGGGCAGUGAGGGUGGAGGUGAUGACGAGGAUGAGGACAUCACGUAUGCGGCAAGGCGGAAGAGGGUGCAGGCCGAACUGGCCUUUUUGGGAGACGACAGUGACUCGGACUAAUUAUGGCGUUCAUGUUCCCCGGGUUGCUUGCUAGGUUGGCGUGAUGGUCAAGUUCGGAGUCAUGCUAUGUAUCACGGAUGCUCUUGUACAAUACUACUCAACGAAUGUGACGAUUUGAGGCUUUUG